AUGGAGGUUGCGGGGUACAUCAACUACACGGGCAAGUACUGGAUUGUUCGACAGGAUCUCACCGCUUCUACCAAUUUUGGAUACGAGACGGUCCAAAAUUGCAUCAACUUGGGGAGUUCAUGUGCUGGAUUUUCUGGAGUAGUUGAAUCGACUUGUCAUCAACUGACGAACGCGGCCGUCGACUAUACCAUCAAUGGCACAAAAUUCUACAACCUACAAACAAAUUGUACCUCCGCAUCGAGCUGUGCCACGAUGUGCGACAACAUGGGGCUCUCGGAAAUUUCGAUUCAUUCGGCGACUGAAAAUGCGGCAAUUAGGGGAAACGUGAGCGCGGCAACAUCCUGCGGCCAAAUCGGAGGCGCAAAUCAAUUGGUGCACCUUGCGAUCACGAAGAGCGCGAAGAACCUACCCAGCUGGGCUGAUGGAACGCCGUUCGACUACAAUUACGCGGCCUUCAAUAAUUCGUGGAAAACGAGCUGUGCAGGAGCUGUGAUGGCCGCUAACGGCACGUGGACACCAACCGGCUGCGCAGGCGAUACAAAUACCUAUAUGGCCGCUUGUGUCUGCUUGAAAAGGCCGGCCAACUAUGCGGGG